UUUCUCUUUGCUUGCCUCAGUCUGCGUUUGUUUUUGAAGCAGUCAACACAUCUUUCGGUGCGAAAUGGCUCAGGAUCCGAAACCACUUUACUUCGCCGUGGGCCCCGGCCCCAACGACAUCACGUGUCCUUAUUGCAGGACCAAGGCCAAGACCCGUGUGGUGCGAUCCUGGCUGCGUUGCUGCACCAAGAGGCAUCACUGUGGUGCCUGCGGGGAGUACCUGGGCGUAUACCGCCGACCACAACUUUAGAUACCCACUGAAGAUGUCAUCGGACCGGAAUUAUUAUAACACAAUGAACAAAUGUCAUUUAAUUUAUAUUCAAUAAUAUAUACUGCUGUUUCAAAAUAAUAAAAUUUGCUAUCUAAUGUGUAAUGUUCAAAAUGUACACAAUAUUUCUUACACUGUA